AUGGAAGAAGCGGUCUCUGGAGUUGGUGAAAAUAUUUUCCCAGAUGGUAGGAAUCUCUUCAAAGAAGAACAAACCGAAUACGAUUAUAUUAUCAGGUUUUUCUCUCGUGUCUAUAUAAUGUUGUUCAAAGAUAGAACACUUUUGAAAUGUAACUGGGGUGAAAAGACCUUGCGUUGUUCCGCAAUUCUACUCAACCGUUCACUAAAAGAUGACGAUAGAAGGUGUUCCGGGAAUAAGAUAGAUGUAAUUAUGUCAAUUUUGGAUAUUGGCUUAGAAUUCUCGACUUUGGAAGUCUCUGGAAGUCCAUCAAAACCUGAACAUACCCACUUUGCUGGGGAUCGGAAUAAAACAGCGAAGAUGCUCAAAAUCAUCUUGAAUUAUAUAUACAUCAAAUACCCAGGCGACUUCGAAAAAUUUAGGAGGAUAAAAGUGUACGGUGUACAAAUUUACGAUCAUAACUUAUAUAUAUAUAGUAUGUGCAUGCCAUUUGCUGGAAUUUACUAUUUUAAACUCGAGAAGAUGUUCUCCUAUCCAACAAUUACAUUCUUGAUUUUCAAAGAGUUGCCAAUUUUUGCUUCAAACCUAUGGAUGUUGCGGGACUUGAUUACUUCAAGUUUUAAUAGUAUAUUGACAUACAUUACAAGUAAUCCUUUGCAAAUUGAUAAUGAUAAUACCAUGAUUGCAAAUGUAGAAAUCUCGCCUCAAAAGAAGAAUCAUAAUUAA